AAUGAUGAAAAGGUUCAAUCCCAUUUCAACAAUAGAAUGUGGAUUUGUGUCUCAGAUCCUUUUGAUGAGAUCAAAAUUUCCAAAGCCAUCAUUGAGGGUCUGAAAAAAGAGACCCUAGCUUCAAAUGAGUUGCAAACUCUCUUGCAAUCAAAUGAGUUGCAAACUCUCUUGCAAUUUAUACAUGAGUCCAUUGAGGGCAAGAAGUUCCUUCUUGUCCUGGAUGAUGUGUGGAACGAAGAGUAUACAAAGUGGGAACCAUUAAAGCUAGCUUUACAAAAUGGGGCUGUGGGUAGUAGAAUAUUGGUGACCACAAGAAAGAAGGAUGUUGCUAUGAUGAUGGGAGCAUCCGCUGAUACGGUCAAUUUGAAGGAGUUGAGUGAUGAAAACUGUCGUCAAUUGUUCUAUCACAUAGCAUUGGUUGAUAGGGAAAUAAGUGAAUAUAGAACAUUUGAAGUCAUUGGUCAAGAAAUUGUCAAAAAGUGUAAGGGCCUGCCCCUCGUUGCAAAGACAUUGGGUGGUCUCAUGCGCUACAAGAAAACGAGGAAAGAAUGGCAAGACGUUUUGAACAGUAAGAUAUGGGAGUUAGAGGUGGUUGAGAAACAAGUUUUCCAACCACUAUUACUAAGUUAUUAUGAUUUGGCCCCGGCAAUCAAACGUUGUCUUUUGUAUUGUGUUAUUUUCCCAAAAGAUUAUAACAUUAUCAAAGAUAAGUUGAUUGAGUUGUGGAUGUCACAAAAUUAUCUUAAUUCAGUUGGAAACAAAGAAAAAGAAGCGGUAGGCGAAAUGUACUUUGAUAACUUAGUAAUGCGCUCUUUCUUUCAAGAAUUUGAGAAAGAUGAACUUGGAAAUAUAAUGGGGUGCAAGAUGCAUGAUGUUGUGCAUGACUUUCUACAAUUUCUAACUAAGAAUGAAUGCUUAGUUUUGGAGGCUGAGGGGGGGAAUAAUAAGAGAAUAAUGGAGUUUGAUGGAUAUAAGAAGGUUCGUCAUUUGACAUUAAUGUUUGCACCCGAAGGUCCAUUAAUUCCAAGUUCCUUGUGCAACUGCAAGAAUUUACGGACUCUUGCAACUUUUGAUUCAAAGAUUACUAAUUUUGGUCGAGAGUUAAUUUCACAAGUAAAAUGCCUUAGAACUUUGAAUCUGAGUUCUAACUCCAUAAAAGAAGUUCCAAAUGAGGUUGGAGAAUUGGCACAUUUGAGGUAUCUUGAUUUGUCCUGGAAUUAUGGUUUGAUUAAAUUGCCUGACACCGUGUGUAAUUUAAUCAAUUUGCAAACCUUGAGACUCAUUAGGUGCAAGGCACUUGAAAGAUUACCUGAAGGCAUGGGAAAGCUAAUUAACUUGCAGCAUCUUUAUGUUUCGAGUUGUCGUGAUCUAAAGUUGCCCAAGGGGAUUGCAAGGUUAACAAGUCUGCGAACGCUAGAUGAAGUUUGCAUCCAUGGCAAUGAUGACGUUGAUAACAACAAAGAAGCAUUAUUCGAGUUAAGUGAUUUGAGAAACAUGGACCAGCUUCGUGGGAGUUUCCGAAUUCAAUUUCUGAAGGAUCUGAAGGACGCGAGGCAGGCCGAGAAAGCGCAUUUGGUGAACAAAAAUUGCCUUGUCAGUCUGACAUUGGGCUUCUUCAAUGAUGGGCAGCCCAAAUGCAUCCAGGAAGAAACACUGAAUGCCUUACAACCACCUCCAAAUCUAGAAUCCUUAUUUAUCUGUAUAUACAGUGGCACCACACUCCGGCCCCAUUGGAUGACGUCGUUAAACAAAUUGAGAAGCCUUACCCUCUGCUAUUGCCCUUUUGUUGAGUUUGUGCCUCCUUUGGGGAGAUUGGAGUCCCUUGAAGUACUGGAGAUAGUCUAUUGGUGGAGCUUGAAAAAGGUAGGAGUUGAGUUUUUGGGAAUAGAUGGAACAAUAGAAACGCAAACAUCCUCAUCACCACUUAUUUUAUUCCCAAGUUUGAAAAGACUUGAAUUCACGGAUAUGUUCCAGUGGGAAGAGUGGGAAGGAAUGACAGGGUGGAGUGAAGAAGAGGAUUCUCAUAAGACAAUUACAAUAAUGCCCUGCCUUUCUUCCUUACAAAUAAGUAAUUGCCAUUGGCUUGAAACACUGCCCAACUUCUUACGAAAUACACCACUGAAGGAGUUGGUCAUCGGCUACUCUCCAACACUUGCAAAAGGUUGCCGAAAAGGCAGAGGAGAGUGGCCCAAGAUUUCUCACAUCCCAAACAUCAAAGUUCAUAAUGAAUUUGUACAAAAAGACGGAGUUUACCAAAUUGAUUAUGAUGAGACGCCAAGUGCCGCUUCCACCUCUUCUUCUGGUAAUGUCUAUUAA